AUGGUAAAGACACAUCACUGUAAAUUGACAACAUGGAAGCCAUCUGCUAUCACAUCGAUCUCUGUCCACUCUAAAUCACCAUAUAUCAUCGCUGUUGGUCGUGAAGAUUCAACCAUUGAAAUCUAUAAAAGAUUUCAAUUCGACAGAUAUGCUAUUUCCUAUGUAUUGGGAGGAUUGAAAUUCGAUGGAAAAGUAUUAAAAACAAUUUGGAAACAAUUUAAAGAUUCGAAUAGAUUGAUUUCAGUUACAGAGAAUCAUAUUUAUCAAUGGGAUGUCGACUCUAUGAGUCAGAUUCAAUCGUUGUCGUCGUUUGGUGGUGAUAUUAUCAAUGUUGCUCUGAGUAACAAUGGUGAGAUGUUGGCUGUUGCCAGUAGCAGUAUGGUGGUACAUAUUUAUAGAUUCGAUGAAGACGACGGUUUGGUAGAGUUCUCCAAGUCAUUCCCAAAGCUGACAGAGGGUACUCUCAAGUGUUUGGCAUGGAGCACCGACGACAAACAGGUCAUCGUUGGUUCCGACUCGGAUCUGGUCGGAUACUCGGUGGAGAAGAUGCAACAGUCGUUCAAUGUACACAGCUCCGAUAUCACUGCGCUCUGUAUCAUCGAUGAAGACAAUGUGGCGUGUGGACAUGCCGGUGGACAUAUCACAUUCCACGAGUUGAAGUACGGAUCGCAAAUCUCUGAGAUCAAACAACACAUUGCUGCCAUUCGCGCCAUGGUACUGGUCAAUGGAAAAUCGAUCUAUGCAUCGGGAGACGAUCCAACAUUGGUCCGUUUCACACAGGAUUCAGUUACCCAUCGUUGGUAUCUCGAUGGAUUGGUACGUAGCCACACCCACGACGUCUUAGCUAUGGACACCAACAAAGACAGCCUUUUCACCGGUGGAAUCGACACCAUUAUGCUCGCUACCAACCUCGAGUGUUUCGGUCAACCACGUAACAAGCCAACCAAAUAUAAAUCAUAUCCAAGCGCCUCACUCAUGUCGGUAGGAAGCAGCGAGUCUGGACAGAGCUUUAUGGUGGAUGCCGCUCGAUCGUCAAUUAACAUCUGGAGACUUGGAGACUCUGAUGAUUCCGUCAAAUCCACCAAAAACAUGGCAUUGAUCAACGGUAUUCACUUGCCAAUCGCUAAAGAAGUAUCGAAAAUGAUUCAAUUCGACAUAAAAGACAAAGAGUAUAUUAGAGCGGUGGCAAUGUCACCGGACGCCACUACAUUUGCUUAUUGCACAUCACGUGCAACCAGACUCUACAGAUUCGAUCCAGCAGCUAUCAAAGUAAAUAGAAUCAAAGUGUUGGAAGGUGGAGAUAUCAUUAAAUUUACAUCAAACUCAAAGAACUUGGUCAUUGCCAACUCACAGUCCAUUGUCAACUAUUCAUUGGAGAACGACACCCUUUCAACCAUUCAGUGCGAGCAAUCGAGAGACUCUAAAAUCAUUAGAUCCGCAAUCAACUCGCUGGCUAUCUCUCCAUGUUCCACCACAAGCAAAGGAGCCGCCGUCUACGCAGCUCUCUUUGACGCCAAUGCAGUGGCAUCGAUCUACAACCUCACCGAAGAGAAAUUCAUUAUCAACCUCCCAACCAAUUUCAACAGUAGCACACUCCAUUUCCACGAUACUAAACUUUACAUAGUUGGAUCGGAAGUAAUUGUUUACGAUGUCAGCAAACUAAAGCACGUCGGAUCACUCCAGUUCCCACGCUCACCCAAACCAACAACCGCUAUCACCACACUCAACAGUCAAAGUUUGCUAUUUUGGAAUCAAGGAUCGAAACUCUUUAAAAUUGUAGAUGCCAACAAACCGCAGACCAUCGAAAUUAAAACUGUACCAAAUCAAAUUUAUUCAGCUGGUGUCACCCAAGAUCAACAGGUUGUCAUUUGCUCUCUACAAUAUAAAGACCAGGUAUUUCCACAAUUACCUCCUGCUAUCAGACUUAAAGUUUUCGGCAGAAAUUAA